AUUAAAUAUUCCUUGCUUUGCGUGCGCUUGUAUUUUUUUUAUUUUCUAAAAUUUGAAGAAUACUCUGAAAUAUUUCGACAUCCAGUUUGGAAGUAAUAUUUUUCACGCAAUUAAUCGAACUAAAAUUAAAGUGUAAUCUAUAAAUAUACCGAAUUGACAAGAAAUAUUUUACUAAGAAGCUCGUAUUUAUAUUUAUCAUUAUACAGGAUAAAAUAUGAGUGUAAAAUAAUACGCACAAGUAGAAUGUUAUUUAUCGUUUAUCGAUUAAAGGUUUUUGUGAUAAUUUGUAGAUAUUAUUUUUGUCGUGAUUAUUUACAAUUGUUAAUGGUACAUUUAUUAUUUGCAAUUUUUAAUAAUACGGAUGUGUAAUGCAAAAAGAACUCUAUCAUUGCUGCGCGAGACAACGUUCAUACGCAUUUCCAAGUACUUUAUGUCACGUAAACCGGGCGUAAACGCGUGUCCGCGAGUAACGAUAAAAUGUGUGUUUAUCAAACCAAAUUCCGUCAGGAAAAUGCGAAAGAUCGUAUGGACACGCGACGGGUAACGGCGAGGCGUUUUGUACGCACGAUUUCACCUGUGUGUGCGACGCGUGCGGGUGAGACUCGUGAGUAGAGUCUACACGGCAAUUGAAUUUCGCAAUGGCUCGAUAAUUCGCAAUUAAACCGUCUACCCGACAUUGUUUCACAGUGAAUGGGCUCGCGUGCAAGCGCGAAAGAGACCGCGACCAAUAACCAAUAAAAAGAGCUUGCGUUUAUAGGUAGCUGUAAGCUCAACGAUUGUAAUGGUUGAUUAUAUUGAACGGUAAUAGAGGUAAUCUGAAUUUCUCUCAACGCAAACGUUACGACGUGAACGGUGUCCUUGCGCAUAUGCUGGAUUAUCGUGUUUUAAUUUGAGAAAUAUUUUUCGACCGGUUCAGCAAGGUGAAUUGGUUUCGCGUCUUAUUAUCGGUAUAAUUUAUUUCGUUAGAAAAAAAAAAUGCUGGAAAGCAAAUUAAUAUAUUUGCAGCGAAGAUAGAUCGUGCUAGCAGGUGAUUGAUUAAUAUUUUGCUUGUAGAACUUGUUUUACAUUCGAGAGGUUCAACUUUAGAUACGAGCAAGGAGAUAAUAUUGAUAAUGUAACACAUCAACUUUAGUUAUGGAUGUGCGUGCUUAUAUAGAGGCAUUAUAUCCCUUAACUUAGGAACAUUAAAAAAUACAUAAGUAUUCGAAAUUGACCCGCGAUCCUUAUGUGCUUUUAAUGACAGAUAUUGUGAGGCUGAACAUUAUUUAGUAUAAAAUGUCAUAACGGAAUUGUGGUGAUAUGUGGAAAUGAACGUGAUAAGUUUAGUCAGCAAGACAGCGUGUUAGUGACGUCGUGUUAGUGCAAAGUGCGUAGAGCAGCUAAUUUGCAUCCCGUUACGUUCCUUGGAUUGUUAAUUGACGAAAACGUGUCACCUUUUCAGACGUCAAGAUAGUUUGGCGAAACGGUGCUGCUAACAAAACUAAGUGCAUUCGUAAUUCCGGCAACUCGAUUCUGCGGACUUCGACGACUGGAGGGAGGAACGGGUAAUCGCUGCGCAUCUGCCCACAAGGCACGUUGCAAAUUGUUGAAAUUAAGGUGGUGACGAACAGACUCGUGGGAACGGCGCGGAUACUUCCCUGUGAAACUCGCCGCGAGUGAUCAGCGAAGCGGGAAAGUGGCCGACGGCACUCGAAGCCUCAAGACUGACCCGGAAGACAACGCGCGAUUUAUUUACAUGCGGCCGAGAGCGCAAGCUCUGCGGCACAUGAAAGACACAAGUAAAUUACUGGUUCGACUUCGGGCGUUGCUAAUCGGCUUUUCCGGAGAGCGCGGAGAGCACCAAUUCUCUAUAGAGAACUCGCUCGCGACCGUGCCACCCGGCGGUGCAUUAAAACGGCGCGGGAAAUUCGUCGGGGACGAAGAGAUAAAAUAAGGAAAAAGCUUCGCUAAAACAUUCAGCGAGCGCGAACCGGCGCCCACGGACGUGCAUCGGACUUGCUUAUUACGGAAAUCCAGUUUGUUGGAAUGAGGCUUUGAAGUUUCUAUCGCUCGCCGACGAACCGUGCUCCACCUCUUUCCGCUGCCAUUCGUUUUUUGCACCCGGAGCCGAAGGAAAGAUGGGAGAGCGGAAAACUGAGCGGCUUCGCAUUCAGACGAAUUCCAAUCCACAUUCCAGCUAAGACGAUCCCGCUAUGGAAAAAUGACGGAAGUGUCCGCUCUACGUACGAUCGAGCGUCCCUUUGCUGUCAGAAGAUCCUUCCAGGACAUCAUUCAGUCGAGCGAUUUCGACCGCGCGUCGUAAUAAGAAAUCGACAGUGACGAAAAUCAAAGUGACAGCUGGCCGAAUGACGCCAGCAAAUUUGAGUGCUGGUCGAGGAAACGCGAGGAGAUAUCCGUCCCCUAGAUUAUAGCUCGCGCGUAACUUCAGUCAUGCGGCUGUGGCGAUUGAGUCUACGAGAUUCGAGGACGCGCGUACGAAGAAAACCCUAUUAUAAAACUCUAUUCCUGCCGAGAGUCUCGCUUGAUUGUCGCCAAUUCUGAUGAUUCCAUGUGAUCACACGCACAAUCGUGACGCACAAUCGUACGCGCAAUCGUAAACCAACAGUGUCGUGAAUUAACGAUUGCGUCUGAAAACAGAUAUAACGAGACCUUUGACAUGUUACGCGUAUCAUCACGAAACGCGAGGUUAUCAACGAGAGCCUUUCAUCUUCGGCCAUUAACUCGUCACUAGAAGUAAGUGGUGAAUAGCAAAUGCGCGCAUACGGCGACAUAUCCGGUAAUAGACGUGAAACUGACGUCGACAGGACACGGUGACUCUGUAGAUAGGACAAAGGAAAGAGGAUGGAGAAGGACAACGUUAGACAUUACAGAGCUUACGAGGGCUUCAAGCCGGCUAACAACGGCAACACCUCGUCCCUGAAAAGAUCGACGUCGGAUCGCUCGAAGACGCAUUCGUCUCGCCAAGUGAGAUGUCUGUGCUUCGGCGGUGUGCCUGACAAGGCUAGUCAACAUUCUUUCCUGAAAGGGUUUAUCAUAAACCUCGGGAUAUGCGCCCUGCUCGUGGCUUACACCCUAUUGGGCAGCUUCAUUUUCCUGGCCAUCGAGAGCGGGACCAUCGACGGCGUUGGCCUGCAACAAAGGACCCUCGCCACCACGAUAGCCGGAAAUCAGCACACCAGAAGAAACACUAGCGCUUGGAUAAAACAGCUGAAUCACGAGGCCCGGACGAAGACAGUGGAGAACAUAUGGAUAAUCACGGAGCAUUUGAACGUGCUCUACCGUGAGAACUGGACAAAGCUGGCCGACCAGGAAAUCGCGCGAUUUCAGGACCAACUAGUGAAAAGGAUCACGGAGGACAUGAUGGCGACCCAGAAUGCCGGGACGUAUACCGGGAGCUCCGCCAGCGAGACUGUAACGGAACGCCGUGUGCCGGAGUACGAGUGGAACUUUGCAAAGGCAUUCCUCUAUUCUCUGACAGUGCUCACCACAAUCGGUUGCGGAAGUAUCGCGCCGAAAUCCACUUGGGGCAAAGUUGCGACGAUGGGUUACGCCAGUCUCGGGAUACCGUUGACCUUGGUCUACCUGUCAAGUGCGGGGGGCCUCCUGUCGAGAUGCGCCAGAGGCGUCUUCACACGUGCUCUUUGCUGCUGCCUCUGCUCGAAUUGCGGCUACUGUUGCUACGACGAGAGGCGGAUGCAGGAAAAAGAGCGGCGGAUGAGAAAAAAGCGACAGCAGGAGGAGCUGGCGCAGCAGCAGCAGCAACAGCUACAGCUGCAGGAGCCCUUUUACGUUCGCGCGAACGCAUCGACGUUCACCAGCACCGUGGAAAUUAAGGCCAGCCCGAAAGACGAAGUUUCGAGUCUCGGCUCGGGCGACAGGCCGAAUGUUACCAUACUCGCGCCGAUCAGUAUCUGCCUCGGCGCGAUGUUGUGCUACAUCGUUGCCGGAGCAUUCACCCUGCACAAACUGGACGGCUGGUCAUUCGUAGACGCAAGCUAUUUCUGCUUCAUGAGCCUAAGCACCAUCGGCUUCGGCGACAUGGUGCCCGGUUCUUAUCCUCGCCACACCCUCGCCGACUCGAGAAACGUGACAGUCUGGUUCUGCUCCUGCUACAUAAUGUCAGGAAUGGCCCUGACGGCGAUGUGCUUCAACAUUCUCCACGACGAGAUCGUCCACCGACUGAGUCACCAGACGGACAAGUCGGAGCCGGUGAAGCCGAGCUCGUCCGUAGAUGAGCUAUCGACGGAUCCGUUCGCGCUGACCUCGUGACAAUUUCCGUCGGGCAAUCUGUGCCACAGGAACGGCACCGACGAGAACAAUAUAUGUGGCACUGAACCACCUACCAAUAUAUUUGCGCACGAGAACGAAAUCAACAUCCUGAAGGACACCUUCAAUCAAGUGGACGUUACCAGAGAUUGCAAGCCGAUCCUGAAGCUCGAGGAUCACGUCCCGCCGAUCUCUGCCGUCUACAUGUUGCCCAAGGUCGACGAAGAGGCCGAGGAAAAUACGGAAAUGUGAAACUUGGACGCGGAUUUCCGGAGAUUGACGGUCCGGCGGCCGGGUCCAAUCAACUGGAGAUUACCCAGCAGCGUUUUUACGGAACGUAACCCAGAUGGAUAGGUAUCUAUAACACGUUGUACAUGCUAAAGUCGUGUUGUCAGAUCGCGACGAGAAGACGACUUUUUUGUUGAGUCUAUUGUUAACGUUUAAAUUCACAGUUUAAACAUGCUAAGACGUAAAGUCCGAAAAUAACGGCGCCCAAAAAUUUACACCUUUGCUUUUUUUAUCAAGAACGUAGAUUAUAGCGUUGUAAAACUUUUCAGAUGUGAAAAUUUAUAGGCAAUUCUAAUUGUUACACAAUUCAUUAAAGUUACCUACUAAUAUCGUCUUUUUCGUAAUUUGAUAAACGAUUGUGAGCAACGUUUUUUACGUUGCAACGUUUUUUACACUGUCUCAAUAUAUGCUACUUCACGUGUCUAGAUUCAACGAUUAAUGAUGGAAUCAUUAAUACGUUUCCAUUAGUGAUAAUACUAAUGAGCAUAAAUGAACGUAUGAACAGUGCGCUAUCCGGGACACAUUCGAACAAUUAAAUAAAAUGAUAAGUGCUUGAACCGUUGACGCAAGUAGGACAUUCUCCUUGAAAUCGAUGCAAGAUAAAUCUCAUUUUCGCCCAUGAUAAAAGUGACAUAUAAAUUGACAUAGAAAUGAAAAUUCUACAAUUUCAAAUUUUUUUAUUGCUCCAAUAAUUCUUCCCUUCGUCUCGAAACUUGUGUAUCACAACUACAAUUGAAAUGAAAUUGUAUUGUAUUUUAAUUUAAAAGUAUUAUAAUAUAUUUGUAACUAUGCGCCGUGUUUUUGAUAAAUACAGUACGUUGUAUAAAAGUUCUAAGUAAGAGGCACCAAGAUAAGCAAAGUCUCUCGGAUGCCGUAGAAAUUUCUUGAACUUCCACCGGACGUUGCCAGACUAAUUUUGAAGUGUCUUUAAUAAAUGUUUGCCGGAUAUUGCUGGAAUACGGAGUUACUUCUCUUGCACGAAAACAGGAUGUUACAUGCUGGAAGGAUAAAUGCAAAUGGCACUGCCAAAGUUUACUUUACGCUGAUUAAGGGCACAAAUUAUUAUUAAGGGUACGUAUAGCGUUUAGCAAGGUACGGAUGCGCCAUUUAAAGGCACUUGUAAAUGAACAGUCGCGUCCGCAUCCGUGUAACUUAAAGUAAUGCGGAUUAAUUAAAGAAAUCACGAAGAGUGUAAAAUUCCAGGAGCCACGAGUAAUUAUCUAUUACGACUCGGACAUUCGCGUACCGGCAUUAACGGAAUUACGUUUACAUCGUCGAUAAAAUGAAUAGAGCAAAUGACCGGCAUAAAAUAAUUUCCCAAGGGGCAAUGGUGCAUUUCAUUCGCGGCCGGUAUGCCGUUCGUGCGCGGAAAUGUUGAGACUCCACUCUUUUAUUUCCCUAUCUUCCUCAUUCGCGUCACGUACCGCUGCUGUUUCCUAAGAAAGCCGUGGAAUCGACUGAAAAAUUGAUAUUUCUUCAAUAUAAAUAACGUCUUAAAAAAAUACAGCGUCUUAAAGAAUGCUUUAGACAGUCCCCGCGAAAACGAAAUACCAAGAUAAAAUUUUAAAAAUGUAAUUCUACAUAAAUAUAAAUAAAGACGGUGCGCGCAUCAAAGAUGCACGUACGGAUCUUCGACCAUGAGCCUUGAAGAUUUGUCAGAUUCUUCCCUCGAGGAGAUCAAUGUAGCUGUUGUUGCGGAAGUACCUUUGCAAUUUCGUUUUACGAUCUAUCUUCGCGAAAGCAGUCUGACUUAUAAUAAAACAGCAGAUCCGGCAACUCCGUUCUUCGGCAAAUUAACAUAUCUUUCGACCAAUAUUAUAAUUUCAUGGCAAGUUACGAGGGAAUUCUUCUUUACGGGAUCCUUUCUCUUGAAAUUAAUUUCCAAUAGUGUCGAAUUUAUGCUUGACAGCGAUUCCUUUAGCGAAAUAACACGGGCAAUAUCAAUUUGAGCAAAAUCAAUCUAGACGUUGGCGCGGAUGACUUGAGCGCGGCUCGCCCGCUUAAUAUUCAAUGAGACCUCGAGGACGUCCUGGCUUGCGAACGGGAACCGACUUAAUGUUUCUACACGCCUACUUAGAUAGGGACAUGUAAGGAUUUUUUAUAUUUCCGUACUUAAGCGUUCUUCACGAAGCGAGCGCGGUUCUUGUCUGUAAUAUAACUAAGCUAUCGACCCUCUCGGCAUCUAGCUCCGGACAGAUUGAGGGUACACACGUACGCGCGGUUACUCGCACGCAUACCCGCUUAUCGAUCGAUCUGUCACGUUUUCCUACGUCCCCGCGAUUCUACCGAACUGUAAUUUCAAUCACACUGUCGUACGUGGAAAGCUGCGAAGAUAGCGAACCGAUUGUCGUUGAACAAUGAUUACAUUUUCCGAGUGCGGUGUGAGCGACAUCUAAAAUGGAGGGAUCAUUUAAAGGUAUUAGGCGAGCUCGAGCCGGCGAGGCGACUAGGUUUGCUCGCCGAGCGAUAGAACAUGAUUGGUUCUUACCCCUGGAUCCAACCAAUCAUGUUCAAUUGCUUGACGAGCAGACCUAGAAAAAUCUUCCCUCCUUUACCGGCUCGAACUCGCUCAUUAACUCGUUCGAGUGAAAGGUUGCCUACGAAAUAUAAUUUUGACCCUCAACCGACACACUAUAUCGGAUUCGAUAUUUUGCCACACGUGGGUGUACGUCACCCAACCAUUUUCAAUCGCGUAUAUCUCUGUACGUAAUGCACGGAAUUUAAACAAUUUUUUUUUUAAUCGAUACGCCAGAAGGCCAAGAAGAAGAAUGAACAGAUGCAAAAGUCGAGAAGUUGAAUAUAUUCGAAAUAUUCAGGAGAGAAGGAAACGAAUUCUUUUUUUUUUUAACAGCCCGGAUAUACGAAACCCAGUGUGUCAGCUGAGGGUUGACUGCAGUGUUAACUAUCGGCGAAUUGAGACGCGAUCGUUUGCUCAGCGAUAAUUGUAGCGGGGUGUUGUAACAUUGUAAUAAUAAUUAGCAACGUGUUGUUCGUUACACUGCCAUCGGCCGGACGCCAGAAUCAAAUGGACGAAUGAAUGAAAUCAAAUUCUGUGCUCAAGAACAAUAACUAAGGUACUUACGGAUAGGACAUUAAUCCCUAAGGAUAUUGCGUUUAGAACACGACUAUCCCCGUUCUUUCAUAUUGAUAUUCGAAUAGUCUACGAGAAAAGUGCGUAAAACAAAGCGUAACUGUGAAUUAGCCGAUUAUUUGCGCCGCGUUAUGGAGCGAUCACCUGCGCGCGCGGCGAUUAAUGUUGUGAGCAUGCCACACCACCUAUAUGUUGCCGCAUUAAAUAUUCGUUACAUAUCUCUCUUCGCGCAACUAUAGAUAACAUAUAAUUUAAAAUUCAACGUAAAGCUAGAAUAAAAUGUAUAUGUUAAAUUCGACUCGUAUUUUUUUUAUACUAGAUAGUCCUUUGCGAGUACGAUAUGUAAAAAAAAUUGCGCCGGACCGACGCGGAAGCUCGUCACGCAGAGGGACGAAAUGGUCUGUUCCCUGUAACAUAUCAUACGGUAUAAGGGAUUUUGUCGGCCGGUCUCGUCACUUACGAGCGAUCGUACGUACGUCACCUCGAUAUUAAAAGCGCCGAGCGAAUCGCUGAGAAGGCCCGCGUCGCCGCCGGCGCAACUUGCAGGCGAGAGAAUUUCGUACGGUGUCUAAUGACAAUCGAUACUGGCUUGAGCAGUUGCUAGAGUUAUCGUUAUCACUCCGUCGGUGAUUCGAUGGAGGGUCGUGGCCGGCAGCCAAGACAAACUUUACUUUGGUGCUCGUACCAGGCCAUCCAGCCAUCGAUCCAACCUACCCGCCCGUACAAACUUCCUCACACUCGAGUUCGAGUCGAAACGCGGGCGCUUGCUCCAAGCUGGCGCUACGGCGAUUUGUUGCGAGAAUCUAUUUACAACUUUCCAUAUACGUCCCCGUGUACGCGAGGAAUCGUGCAAUAACCGCCGGCGUGUCGCGAUUGCGAAUGCCGGAGGAAAUGCUUAAAAGUUGGCCGCCGCCGCCGCUGUCGCGUUCCUUGGUUAAAAAGAUGGAGCACCGCGAAAAAUGGAAAGGAAGACACAGGGAGAAUGAUAUCGCGCGCGAUCGAUAUUUCGUAUAACGCCCUCUGAUUAAAGUUUUAUUAAUCGAUAUUCUUGUAUGGUACUUAGGACUUACGGGUUUCCUUUUUGGUCGCGCUAUUUUAGAUCGCUUUUAAUUCUUUCACGAAGUUUCCUCUCGAGAUAAUAGACUCAUUUACGAGGUGAACUUGUGAAGCGAAUUAAAGUUUGACGUAACUUUUCACUGCGGAUAUUGAAUUCGUUAAAUGUAAGUGAAUUUGGCUACAUCAAGAAAACAUAUAUAUCGUAUCGUAUCAUCACUUUGCUACUCGCGAGGUGAGGAAGAAAGUUACAAAAAUAAAUAAAUAAAGCGUGCAACCUUGCAUCCUCCGUUAAAAAUUUUUUUAAUUAAUAUCAAUUGAUCAUCCAAUACCUCAAUGCGAUUUUAUAUUAUGCGAUUUUUUUUUUAUAUUCGCCGUUUCGUAAAACUUACACUGUAUCUUCCUCGAUAACAAAAAGGACGGUAUUACGGUACUCUCAUUUCUAUUCUUUUAUUCCAUUAUUCUUUCCUUUUCUUCUACUUGUAAUUUUUUUAACGAAUUGUGAGAUGGGAAUGCAUUAUUUCGCGAGCAUUGAGGCGAAAGGAGAAGUCCUUAUUUUCCUAGAUUAGCAUAAUUACCGUUGCAAUAUACAGCAGAUUGUGGCCAGCAAUUUUUUACGUCCAUACAUAACGCUGUCUAUGAGCCCAGAACGUGGUCCCAGCGCGGCGAAAGUCCAGGCCGGCUUCUCUCCUUUCAGGAUUUUCUUUCCUACGUACCUCCUCAUCUUUCGCCCUUACGUUCCGGUUUCCUCUGUCGUACUCCAGGGAAAUAUAACCGAGUUCAAAGCUCUCGAUGGUCGACACGAAACUUUAGCGCGACAAUUUUGCACGAGAAAUAUCCAAUGAAAGUCAAACGCCACGGGAUUCAGCCUCAUCGGUGCGUUUCAACCUUGAGAGGGGGAGGGGGAGAGAGAGAGAGAGAGAAAAAAAACGAGAGGAGGAAAGCAAAGCCAGCCCGACCUUCCAGCGGCCGACUUAAUGGAAUUAAUGGUUCUCUGCUGUCGCCUUACAUAUUCAUUCUGCGCGCGAAUCAGCCUGUGAGCCGUCUGAGUUUUCGAAAACUUCAGAAAGUCGAAUCUAUGUCUCUUGAUACUCAAUUGCGCUUCUACCCAGGGCAAUUAGUGUGUUCCUGCUACUUCCGGCUACUAUCAUUUCAAAGGAUCCGAGUAAAGUGCUACUAAAUUAAAGCAAACUCACUUCGCACAAAGUUAGCAAUAUUUGAUCAAUGUGCUUACUUGUAAUUUAUUCAUUUUCAUCUCGCUUUAUUUUGUUCUCGUCCCCUCGCAGCCCGCGUAGAACAUCCCCGGCGAGGGAUUAAUUUAAUAGCGUUUUCUUUUCACGAGAAUAAAAUAGCUAUUCAUGUAUUUCGGUUUAAGGCGAACGUUAAAUAGAUAAGUGUUUGCCAUCCGGUGGAAUCGUUAUCGUUGCUACUGAAGCGAAAUGUCGAAGAGAAAUUGCAGGAGAGGAAAUCUCGGAAGACAGAUGAUAUCCCCCCCUCCCCCUCCAGAAGUGAAAUCUCAUUUAUAAAUAUCUGAGUUGCAACAAUAUCUUAACGAUAUAAUUCCACUUCCGUAAUUAAUGAAUUAACGAGAUUUGCUUCUGCCGUCCUUCUAUAUCGCAAGUCUUAUACGAAAGUGUGCGUGUCUCAGUAUUGUAACAUUUCAGCACAAAUUGAUAGUAAACGCAAUUAUAAUAAAUGUAUUACCGACUCAUAUUUCGACAUACUUUCGUCUCGUCUCCUUGUAACAAGUUUACGAUUAUUUAUUACAUUUACUGUAAUGCUAAAGUGAAAUAAAAAUUGAAUUUCUUUUAUUUUUUUUCUUUCUGUGCCAUCAACUGUACCAUUUUUAAGAUAACGCAUAACGUAAUCGAAUCUGCAAGCCUCUGUUCAUAAAGCGAAAUAUAUCGAUACAUACCAACGUUAAUGAAAUAUUACUUGUACAUAGAAUUAAUAUGUGACUGUACGAUAACAUUAUAUUAGUAUUUAUUGUUAGAGCGUCAAGUCCAGUUAUUUCGAGUCGUAUUCGUCACGGCUCGCUUGUCGACCGCUUUCACUGAAGCUCACGAUUGUAAAUACAAUAUUGUCCUAGAGUGUAAUAGACGUGAAUGUGAACAAAUCUUGUUAGAUCUUGUUAUCGAGCAACAACAAAAAUAAUUUGGGAAAAAUUCUUCCACUACUGUAAUACCGAUUGAUAUAUCAAUUUAUUUCUUUCGUCAAUGUGAGAGAGGCAAAUUAAAUGUUGCAAAUGUGCGAGAAAUGUCCGUGCCGGAUUUCGAUUGAUUCACGUGACUCUAUCGUUAAUAGAGCUUAGGGAUCAUUCAUUCCUGCCGUCGUGUUGCGUUAAAAACGUACGAGACUUUGUGUAAAAUACAUUGUUAUUUUCAGAAUAGAGCACACACAUCGGGAAGCAAAGUAAUCGUUCGUCUAAAGAUGCUGCAAUAAAUAAGCUUGAAAAAUUAACGAUGGCAUCUGAUUUGCGAAAGGCUUUAAGUGAAUAAAUGAUCUCGAAAUUUCUAAACUAUCGCUAGAGAUUAUGGAAGAGAGAAAUAUAAGAUGUUUGCUAAGUAACGUACAAUGCGACAGUAAUCCCUUCCGUGCUCGGCUCAUAAAUCAUCUCAAUAAUUCUUUGCGCGAGCAGAGGAAAUCUUAAUAAAUGUCUGAUUCUCUAAACUUCGCGCGCGCGUCGUCGAUCAAAACAAAGUUUUCUAUACGCUUAUAGCGACCUGCUGUGUCCGCGAAUUAAUCAUAGUUAAAGUUUUCCCGAGGUUCGCUUAUGAACUCAUUUUUUUCCCGACGAUCAUGCAUUCCUAGAAGAUACACAAGCAUCUGGAACGAACUUUACGAUCCCCGUCUUGAUAAGGUCUUACGAUGUUCAGGGGGAUAACGCACAAUUUUUACCGUGUACUUUACAAAUUGUUUUAAAAGCAAUCGUUUAGGAAGUAUCCGAGAUGCAGAGUACUGAGAUGUCAGAAAGGCGUAUACACUAUCGUCUCUCAGAUUACACACGUUGUAUACCGAAAAACUAAGGUCUUACAUUAUAUUCUGUAAAUAGCUGUGAUGGCGAGCAAGGUGCGGAGUAUUGGCCGACGAAAUUGUAAAAUACGAAGCGAACGAUUUGCUGGAUAUUGUACGUCUGUAUAAUCAUUUGUCAAGCAAUGUAUUCUACGAUAGGAGAUAAUAAAGAAGACUUAUCAAAAA